ACACUGCCUUCACUUGAUAAUCUGAUAGGUUACCUUUAACGUUCACAUUUAGAAUACAGAAUAUAAGUGACAAAAAAAUUAUGUGUACGAUCAGAUCCAGAUCAAACUUUAUUGAUCCACGCUGCUCUCAGACUUCCUCUGCUGUUCCUCAUGGACUCGUGGGGAAUUGUUUGUCGUGGAUUGGGUGAGUCGAAGGUAUUCUCACAGCUUUUCUGGAGUCUCAGCAUGUGACUCGCCCAGUCCUCCACGCUGGUUGCCGCCCGGUUGUUUGAUGAUGUCAACAGAAGGAAAAACCCGAACUUCCUGUACCGGCUCAUAGCAGAGACCGAGGCUGUCCGUGUGCGCACUCAUCAGCUGUGACGGACUCUAGACACGUUUAACGGCUGCACGGAGGUUUGUGAGGCGGAACAUGAUUGGGAGGCAGCGAGUGAGAUGAGAUGAAUGCUGAAGUCACACUCUUCCCAUCUGUUCACCCGUGGAGUCAGAUCCCCAGCACAGCCUGUCUGAAUCUCAUACACUCUGACACUUCUGCAUGGAUCCUCCCUUCACUUCUCCCAGCUCCAAAGUCCUGCCGUACCUCCUGUGAGUGCAUGUAUUCCAGUAAACCAGAACCAUCCCCGGACCCCCAGAACCUGGAAGCCCAGUUGGACUUCUUCCACAAGCUGGGGUACUCCACGGCUCAGGUUCAGGCUGUUCAGCGCAAGUUCGGUCCCAACACGGACACAGAUAAAGUUCUAGGGGAGCUGGUUAGGAUCAGCUCCAGUCGGGAGGCCAGUCAGGAGGAGGUCAAGCAGGGGCCGGUGACCACAAUGUCGGUGCUGGUGCCCAGAGGAGACGUCCAGGCUGCGGGCCCCAUGCUGCUGCUGCCUUUUACUGAAUCAUCCCCUCAGAGCAGAGAGGAGAGCAGCAAGGACAAAGACGCUCUCAGACCUGUUGUCAUAGAUGGGAGCAAUGUGGCCAUGAGUCAUGGGAACAAGGAAGUUUUCUCUUGUCUGGGAAUCCAGUUGGCUGUGAACUUCUUCCUGGACAGAGGCCACACUGAAAUCACCGUGUUUGUUCCCUCAUGGAGGAAGGAGCAGCCCAGGCCGGAUGUCCCUAUCACAGAUCAGCACAUUCUGACAGACCUGGAGAGGAAGAAGAUUCUGGUGUUCACACCAUCACGUCGUUUUGCAGGAAAACGGGUGGUCUGUAAUGACGACCGCUUCAUCGUCAAGCUGGCCUACGAGUGUGACGGCAUCAUUGUGUCCAACGACAUGUACCGGGACCUUCAGGGAGAGGAGCCAAAGUGGAAGCGCUUCAUCGAGGAGAGGCUGCUCAUGUACUCCUUCGUUAAUAACAAGUUUAUGCCUCCUGAUGAUCCUCUCGGCCGCCAUGGACCAACCCUGGAAAACUUCCUGCGGAGAUUUCCAAAGACUCAGAAAAAACAGCCAUGCCCUUAUGGAAAGAAAUGUACGUAUGGAAUCAAGUGUAAAUUUAACCACCCCGAGCGGGCCAAACAGUCCAAUCGUUUGGUUGCAGAUGAGCUUCGGGAGAAUGCUAAGCACCCUUCCACGGCUCAGAAACAAUCUUCAGCUCGCUCUAGCCCUGUGCCUGGACAAAGCCUCUCGUUGGUGGAGGAUAUGGCUAAGAAACUGACACUGGGACAUGACAGUGGCUCCUUAAAGAAAGAACAUAAAAACGAACAUGUAGCUCAGGUGAAGGCAAGUCACCGCUCUAGUAAGAAGGCCACAUCUCGAAAGGAGAAGAGCAACCAAAAUGUGUCUUCUGACCAUGGUUCAGUACGGUGUAGUGGCUCUCAGGAGCAGCUGGACUCUGGUUUAGGCUCCAUAGACAGUCAACCAAUGGAUUCUCCUUGGAGUGAUCACCAGUAUGGGGCGACAUAUGGAAGUUCUCAGCAUGGCCACAAUGUAAGUCAGCAGUACUGCCCUCCGAGAAAUGCACCGUGCAGCUGCUGCUCACAUAAGCCUUCCACUCAUAGGACCGCAUCAGCUUUCCAGCACCACAACCAGCAUUAUAACCUCGGGCCCACCAGCAGCCACAGCUCUGAUAUGAUUCCCUACAGCUCUCCACAUUACCCCAGUUAUGGUGCAUAUCCAGUCAGUGUGCCUGCAUACAGUCAGCCGACAGAUUUCCAGCACAGCAGAGUCCAUAGUCACCCACAGCAGCAGUACUGGUCCGAUCCAUUCAGGGCUCAUCCUCUGCCGGUCCUCAGCCUGCCAGGGGAGUGCUCACACUGGAAGCCUCCUCAGGGGACACAACAGAGUCCAAGCGGGGGGGAGGAAAGAGAGGUUGUCCGGAAGAAGCUCCUCGCUAUCUUCAGUGCCCAGUUGGUGGACACGGCCAUGGACAUGUUUCCUCAGCUGAUGGAUCCACAGAUGCUUGUUGCUGAGAUCCUUAUGCUGCAGAGUCAAAACAGGUCUCUGAGAUGAGAUCAAAUCCAGAGGCGGUCUGAACCCACGUCUUUCAGUGGAAAGAUUGAAAAUAAGCCAAAAUAAACAUGAGUUUGUGUAUUCUUGUACUGUGGUAUCCACCUUGCUAUAAACUGUAUUUGAAUGUGUUGAAACAUUGUUAAAUUCCAAGGUUGCCUCAACGUUCUUAGUGAUGAGAAGCACACUGAAUAUAAAAAUGAAAUGAAAGGUUUUUGUGUCAUAUUGGCACUGUGCACCAUUUUUACAGUCAACUGUUGUAUCAGGUUGGCGGUGAUUAACAAGUACCAACCCUGCAAUAUUUAUAGAAGUGUCAUUUUGAAAUUAUAUGUUGAGUUAUUGUAAUGCACACUUAUGACAAUACUUAAUAGGCAUAAGUAAUAAUUCAGCUCAGAGAAAAAGAGAUGUGAAACUGAAAACUGGCUUUAUAAUGCUUUAUAUUUCCAGUUUUGUUUAUUUAAUGUGUUUUUGCAUUUGUUAUUGUCAUACUUUGUCCAUAUUGUGAUGAGAACAGAGGUUUGAUGUUUUAAAACUUCAACUUGUUGGGAUCAGACCCACGAUGAAAACAUGACUGUCUGUAGAGCUUUAACGGAGCUUUAACACAAAAUGUUUGUCAGUGUUCAAUUUAUAGUUACAUUUAUAGUUUUUACAUGCGAGUAAACUGACAGAUGCUCGACUGAGAAUGAAAACCUGGAUGAUUUUUAUUUAAUAGUUGAGAAUGUUGCUGUUAAUAAAUAAAAAUAAACAUUUAAUAUAUAAUUACAUGUCAUGGCGAUUGAUGACAUACUCUAAAUUGAGACCAGUUCCCACUUUUUGUCAAUACAAACAUUAUGUGUGUGUUUUGUGGAAGCUAUGCAGCUUUUUGACAUACUGUGUACAACAUUACCAGCAAAACUCCUUCACUGGAAAUGUUACUAAGUAAAAUCACGUCCAAAUAUAGUCAGAAUACAUGACAUCAUGUAUGAAGGCUCAGUCCUCACUGUGGAAGCACAGGGUUUGAAUCUGACCUGUGGCUCUUUCCUGCAUGUCAUUCCCCAUCUCUCCCUCCCCACAUUCCUGUCA